AUGACCUUGCUCAUACUCACCUCCAGCGCCCUCUUGGUUGCGGUGUCCUGCUCAGCAUCCCCGCGCUCCAGUUUCGACGGUGAGGAUGUCUCGUUCGACUUCCUCGAGCAUCGUGGGAACCAGUCACUCAAGGACCCCACGCAGACCAACUUCUGGUAUUCUAACCUGAAUCACCACACUCCUGGAAUCCGUGGCUAUGCUCCCUAUGUCGAUGACCCGGACAGUUACCCCGUUUACAUCGAAGUCGACCCUGGCGAUGGCGAUGGUAUUCAGAAUGCAAUUGAUUGUGCUGAUGGGAAAGAGAAGAGGAAUGGAAUGUGGUUUGCUUCUCAGCCAAGGGUCGUGUACAUCCCGCCCGGAGAGUAUAUCAUCAAGAAAACAAUCAAGAUGAACACAGCAACUGUCUUGAUGGGUGACGCGACGAAUCCUCCUGUUCUCAAGCUCUCUCCUGACUGGGAAGGCGACAAAACCCUCCUCGACGGUAUGGACCCAACGACCGACAACCGCGGUGAACUCUCCUUCGCCGUCGGCGUCAAGAACAUCAUUCUGGACACAACCCCCCGUCCAUUCGACGAAGAGUUUCUCGCGCUCUACUGGGGCGUCGCGCAGGCCGCGCAACUGCAGAACGUCAAGAUCCGGAUGCCGCCAGCAACGGGCAGUACAGGACAUGUUGGCAUCAGGAUGGGCCGUGGCUCGACAUUGACAGUGGCAGACGUCAACAUCUCAGGAGGCUCGACUGGUGUGUGGGUCUCCGGCCACCAACAAGCCCUCUUCAAAUCGAUAUCCAUCUCCAACUCCACAAGAGGCUUCCACAUCUCUGCCGGCUUCACCUUCACCCUCCUCUCACCAACCUUCACCAACGUCGACAUCUGCGUCCUCCAGUCAGGCGGCUAUCCCUGGCUUGCCCUCGUUGACGCAACAGCCAUCAAUUCUGGCGUCGUGCUCAAGGUUCAGACCUACCCUAACUACAUGAUCGAGAACCUCGUCCUCCAACAAUCCCGCCUUCCCCGGCCAAACGUCGCCGAAGGGCCGGGGGACUCCACCCUCUCCUUCCCAGAAAACGGCCGCAUACAGCGAUACAGCUACGCCAACACUGUCCAUCGUACGCCUGUCUACGGUCCCAACCUCGACGUAGGCUUUUUCCGUCCCAAAGCACUCACCGUCGACGGAGGGAAAUACCCCGUCCGCUCAGCCCCCACCUACUCCUGGCUGAAAAACACAUCCUUCCUAAACAUCAAAGACCCCUCCCAAACAGGCGGGCUCAAAAUUUACGGUGACGGCGUCCACGACGAUGCAUCUGCUCUGAACAAAAUUCUCCGUCUAGCUGCUGUCCAAGGAAAGGUGGCUUACUUCCCCUUCGGGGCGUACCUCGUUCGUUCGACGGUGUACAUACCCUCUGGUAGCCGCAUCAUAGGUGAGGCUUGGCCGGCUAUUGUUGGAGCAGGGGCCUUCUUCAAAAACGAGAACAACCCCAAACCGGUCGUUCAGGUCGGUUGGCCGGGAGAGGUCGGGUCCGUCGAGAUCCAGGAUAUGCGGUUUACUAUUGCGGAAGUCUUACCCGGAGCAAUAAUCGCACGGUUCGAGUUGGCAGGCCGCAGGCCCGCGGAUGUAGCGAUGUGGAAUAGUAUGAUCACCGUCGGGGGCACGCGUGGUGCCUCCUCUCUCACGGACACGUGCAUCGACCCAAGCAGCCCGUGUAAAGCCGUCUUCAUGGACUUGCAUCUAACCCCAACGUCGUCAGUAUACCUCGAAAAUGUAUGGAACUGGGUAGCGGAUCAUAUAGCGGAGGACUUCCCUGGGGGCAGUAACUUUGCCGGGGGACGCGGGAUGUUAGUCGAGUCUCGUCGCGGAACCUGGCUUAUUGGCAUAGGGAGCGAGCAAUGGUGGUUGUACCAGCUAACCCUGAAAAAAGCAGAGAAUGUCAUGUUGGGGUUGCUUCAAUCUGAAACGAACUACGACCAAGGCGCCAACAACCCCAUUCCUCCCCCUUCCCCAUGGACCCCCCACCGGGCGUUAGGUGACCCUUCUUUCAGUUGGUGCUCCCAAGAAGACAAGCGCUGCCGCAUGGGUCCCGCAACGUUCUUCACUGCCGGCGGUAAAGACAUUUUUAUCUACGCCGCCGCAUCAUGGGUUUUCUUUAGUGGACCGGGUUAUCAGGGUCGGGAGACGUAUGCUGGCCUUAGACUGGCGGGUGGGGAAGAGAUUAUCACAGAGGAAGGGUUCACGGGUGCAUGGGGGGGAAUAGUCGUUUUACCCGACCAAUCUCUCCUCACGCUGAGUAAGCCCAGCCUGCCAUUCACGCCCUGCACGGCCCCUGUGCCUCACGCCCGGAUAUAUGCGCCAGCCGAGCCGAGCCAAACGGCCGGUCUGGCCAAUGCAUGGCAUGAAAGUGCCGAUUUCCGGGAGCCGCUGCUCCCGAGGCGAGCGCAGAGAAUGUUCAAGGCUGUACUCUUCUUCGCAACGCUGGCCUUCGCUGGCGCAUAUCCCCCCGAUGUGGUCGACAUCCUCCAGCAGAAGAGUAUACCCAAGCUGAAGGAAUGGCUGCGGAAGCAUCCGCAGGGGAACUGCACUUAUGAAACAGCUGCUAGGAGGAAGGAAUGGAGCGAUCUCACCCUAGAAGAGCGCCAGGAUUACAUCCGCGCGGUGUACUGCCUGAUGGAGCAGCCAUCUUUGACACAGUUCGAGGCCCCUGGGGCUCAACAUCGGUUCGAUGAUUAUGUGGUGAUUCAUUUGCAGCAAACACAUAGGAAUCAUGGCUCAACAUUUUUCCUCCCCUGGCAUCGCUACUACGUCUGGCACUACGAAUACUCCCUGCGUACCCUAUGUGGGUAUAAAGGCUACCAGCCGUAUUGGAAUUGGGACCGCUACGCCGACGACCCCGCCAACUCACCCCUCUUCGAUGGUAGCGAAGGCUCGAUGGGCAGCGACGGCUCCUAUGAAGACCAUCCCAUCCUUCGGUUCCCUGAUACCCCUGCGCCAUAUGACGUUGUUCCCAAUGGAAAUGGUGGGGGAUGUGUUAUGAAGGGUCCGUUCUCGAACAUGACCGUCCACAUCGGACCCCUCGCCCCAACCUUCAAUGUAAAACCCAACCCGCGCCCCGACGGCCUCGGGUAUAACCCCCGCUGUCUUCGUCGCGACAUCAACAAACAUUCCGCCGCCGUUACCAAAGCGAACUACACCUACGACUUGAUCACCUCCAACCACGAUAUCUACUGGUUCCAGACCGUUCUUGAAGGCCAAUUCCCCCUCGGAAAAUGGGGCGUCCACGCAGGGGGGCACUACACCGUGAAUGGCGACCCAGCCGGUGAUUUUUACGUGAGUCCUGGAGAUCCAGUGUUUUGGUUGCAUCAUGCGAUGGUGGAUCGGGUGUGGUGGAUUUGGCAGAUGCAGAAUUUGGAGAGGAGGUUGCAAGAGUUCAUGACCUGA